AAAUUUGAGAAACUUUUUUCUCUCUAUUGUGGUAACAAGUUUACUUCGAGUUGACAACAGUUAAACAGUAUCAGAAGAAAAGUAUCUCUCUUUCAAAUUCGUGUCUCAACUUAAUUUUUGGAUUAAAAAUCUUUGUGAUUAACUUAAUUACCGAGUUUGACUUAUCUUCACUAUGGAUUAUGGUUUAUCAAUAAUUAACAAAUCAACACGUUUUACCAUCGGUUGUGUUAAUUGUUACUCUUUACCAUUAGUUGAAAACUUUUACUUCACUUUAUUAACUUCUUGAUUACCAAUUGAUUUUGUCUGUACAACUAUAAAAAAAAUCAUUUAAUUGUUUAUAUUGGCUUAGAAUCAGUUUACAACAAAUUGAUUAAACACUAAUCAUCAACGACAAUUAAUGCUAUCGAUUGUUAGUUUACAUGAGAUAACAUUUAAAAUCAAUACGAUGGCGAGUUUGAUUGAAUCUCUAUGGAGUGAUCACGAAAAGCCCAAGCGGAAGUACGUGCUCCCUGAUUAUCAAAAACACUCACUUGAUACUCGAGUUUAUCAUCAUGAUGAAAGAGAUGAAAAUUCAGUUUCUAAAUCGAUUAUCCUGAAAUCGUUCAAUUUAUCACCAAGUGAUUUCAAUUGUUCCAACAAUAACAAUAAUACCAAGGAUUUUGAUUGGAUUGAUUCAUCAGCUGAUAAACCCUACAACGAUUUCAACCCCAUACACAGCAACAACAAUAAUAAUAAUAUAAAGAAUCACAAUGAUAACAAUUCAAUUAAUCAUAAGUUUUCAAAUGUUCCCAACAAUCAGUUGAUUGAAAGCUACAUUAAUCCAACGGAUAAUGUUAAGAUUAUCAGAUCAACAUCGGAUUACAUGUUCUCUCAGUGUUUCUUUAUCCGUCACCUCAAUUCUGAUCGUUAUUUUAUCGGCAAAGUUUUCCCGAAAACCAAGAAAUUAGCAAAGGCUCGGGAAUUAAGGAGAGAGAAAAAAGUUUGGGAAAAAGUUUCAAUGAAUGACAAUUUCCUCAAACUAUUUGGUAUAUUGGAGAUUGAUAAUAGUAUUUGCCUUCUAACUGAAAACGUCCCUUACGUUUCAUUGAAAAAUUUAACCUCCGGCAAUAAAUCACUAGAUGAAUCUGAUGUGAUCGAUAUUUCAUCUCAAAUGGUCAUGGGAUUAGCUUAUCUUCAUGAUAACAAUAUCAUACACAGAGGAUUAACACCAAAUAGUAUUUUCAUCAACUGGAAAGGAUUAAUCAAAAUAUCAGAUCUUUCAACCUGCGAGGAGAAAGGAAAAUGUUUAUCUAUUCUUCCGGGUUCUUCUUAUAUUAAAUUCUCAUAUUGUGCUCCUGAGAUAUUGUUGGGUCUUCCUUAUGGAAUUGCAUCCGAUUGGUGGAGUCUCGGUUUAAUCAUCUACGAACUGUUAACUGGUCAAGUUUUACUUGACCCUUGGGAUGAAAAUUUACUUUGUAAAAAAAUGGCCAAGGAAAAUUGUAAACAAAUUCUUGAAGAUUUGAUUAGAUUGUCAUCUAAAUUAACGGAUAAACUUUCACCUGAAGCCAAUGGAUUAAUUAAAGGUUUACUUGAAAGGGAUGAUAAAAAGCGACUCAAAUGGACUCGAAACUCUGGAAUUGAUCAAAUUAAAUCACAACCAUUUUUUUCAUCAGUUAAUUGGGAUAAUUUGAAAAAUUGUAUCUCUGGUCAACGGAAAAUCAUGAUGGAUUUAAGUCUUUGUUCAUGGUACCCGGAAGUGAUUAAGAUUCAUCAAAUUCUGGGAUCAGAUUUGGGUUCCCUGUGGGGAGGUUGUCACCUCAUCUCAAAUCAUGAGACCGGUGACAAGGGCAUGAUGAAGGUCAUUUGGAAAUGUAAAAUGAGACGUAAUCAAAAUGGUUGGAAACAGGUAAUGAAUGAACGAUUGAUUUGGUCCAAAAUGUCAACUUGUUCACCUUAUAUACUUCCCAUGGUUGGUUUCUUUGAAACUGAGGCUACUUAUUCAUUUGUAAGCCAAUUUAUACCUUCAUGUGUUUCCCUUUCCUGUGUAAUUGUAAGCUCUCCACUUCCGGAAAAUGUUAUCCGAUUGGUUAUCGGUCAACUUAUACUUGCCAUUGACUCAGUUCAUCGUCAAGGUAUUUUACUAAGACACCUAUCACCUGAUUCUAUCCUUAUUGAAGCCUCUGGUCGUAUCUGGUUAACCGGAUUCACCUGGGCAAAGUUUACCAGGUAUUCAACUACUGGUCACUUUAAACCUGAAUACAGAGCACCUGAGGUCAUUCAAGGUCUUCAAUAUGGUAAACAAUCAGAUUGGUUUGCUUUGGGAAUCAUUGUUUUCCAAUUGGUCACCGGGUUAACACCUUUGUCCAUCUAUUGUACCAAAAAAUGCCUUAAAGAGGAUUCACUUUCAACCGAAACAUUAUUAAGAGCCAUGGAAACGAUUCCUAAAUUACUUGAAGGUGAUUCCUUUUCACCGGCAAUGAAAAGUUUACUCAAAGAUCUGCUUUCCUUUGAUGCUGAUAAACGAAUUGGAAGUGGACGUAAUUGUUUAAAAAGAUUCAAAGAUCAUAUUUUUUUCAGAGGUUUGGUUUGGAAAAAAUUGGAAAAAGCAAAUGAAUUUUCUUGAUCAACAAUUAAACUUUCUAAUAAUUAAUUAAUCAUGUUUAACUUUUUCAACCGUAAUACCAAUACAAGUAUUGAUUUCUCCUUGAUUGGCACAAUUAAAGGUUAAUCAAUUUGAAAAUUGAUAACAAUUUAUAAUACAAAUCUAAAUAUCUCACAA